GAAAAAAUAUAAAUUUGAUGAUAAUGCUGAUGUAUUGAUAGAUUUUGUUCCCAGAAAGUGAAUAGAUUAAUGCAUUGAUGAUUGAUGAGUGCUUCAAAAUUUGUAUAUAAUACAAUCAGUUCCUUAAGAUCCACUAGUACAAAUAACAUCAAGUUCGAUAAGCCUUUCCAAAAAUCCGUACAACAUCGAAAUAUGUCUUUGAAAAUCACAUUCAUUCUUAUUUUUGCUAUGGUGGCAGUACGUAGUGAGAUUCCUGAGGCCUGAGAGUAUGGGGCGAGGGGCACAUCUCUAUAAUUCAGAUCUAGCAAUCCUAUAUAACUCCUCGAUUUCUUCUCAAUCGUUCCCGAUUUCAUAACAAACAUAAAAAAAGAUAACGCCCACGGAUCGAAAACAACAACCCAAUCUCAUAUUUUUCCAUUGACACGCGAUAGCGGGGUAUAAAAACCUCUAUCACGCACCCGGGUGCACAUUACCAAUCAGUACCCAAGAUGAAGUUCGUGAUCCUCCUGAGCCUUGUGGCGUUCUGCUACGCGGUGCCCUUCCCCAUGAAGAGCAUCGACUUCACCGAAGAUGGCAAGAUCGUCAUUACGGAACCAACUGGAAAAAGGGUCACCAUCUACAAGAGCUUGGGCCCUGCCGGCGGAAGGACCUUCCAGAUCCAGGUUGAGGGUCCCAACUUCCCUACCAAGUCUGUGCAAAUCGACGAGGACCCGCACAAGGUGUACAGUGCUGGCAAAGGGUCCACCGCCGUCCAUGAGGUCGAGAAGAGAGCCAGCAAACUGCCCACCAAGCCCCUUUCCCAAUCCGAACUUCUGGACGAGCUCCUGAAGGAAUUCCAGGGUGCUGUUACCGAUAAGGAGUACGAGAAGCUGUUGAGCAAAGUGUACAAGUUCGUCAAAACCGGAGACUUGGACCCCGUCGUCUAUGAAAUGCUCUUCGAAAUGAGUGUAACCCCUGUCAGCCCAGUCGACAAGAAACAACCAAACACAUCAGAAGUCUCUCCCUCUUCUCCAAUCUACCCAAUUUACAGGGAUUGGAUCAACUACAAGAUGAGCCUAGUCAACGACAAAAUCGCCUCCAAGAACCCCUACGAAACCCCCAUGUUUGGGUACAAGCAGCCUGGAUAUGACCAGGCCUACAACAGACCUGUAUAUGGAUACGACAGACCUGUCUACGGGUACGAAAGGCCCACUUACGGAUACUCUGGUGUCCAGUCAGCAUAUUCAGGUGUUCAUCCAGCUUCCGGAUACUCUGGUGCGCACCCAACUUAUGGAUAUUCAGGGGUACAGCCUGCACCUACCUAUGGAUACCCAGGAAUGUAUCCUGUCGGAAGGGUUCCAUACCAGGCACCAUACCACUACGGACCUUACUCACAGGACUACCAGAGGACGGGAUAUGAGGGUGUUGCCCCCCACCCAACAUACUACAACCGUCCUGCCACUACAACCUAUUAGUUUUAAAUACUCGUAUUUUGUAUAUGUGAUGUGAACUUUUCCAAUAAAGUUUUUUAAAAACAAA